AUGUCUUCAGAUAGAUACAUAGUUUCAGCACCCGGAAAAGUUAUUUUAUUUGGGGAACACGCGGUUGUUUAUGGCAAGACAGCAAUAGCUGGAAGCCUUGACGGAUUACGAACGUAUGCGUUCUUUGAAAAACGGAUAGAUGGAUAUGUUGAGUUGAACUUGCCAGAUCUUGGCCUUCAACGCGCCUUCUUAUGGCCUGCUUCCGCAUUACCAUAUAAUUUAGUAAAUAAUGUUGAUAUCAAAGAACCUCAGAAUUUAAAUUUUAAUGAUGCACUUUUACAUAAAAUCAAAUCAAUCGCGCUUGAAGGACAAGAUAAUCAACAGAUUAAUAAUUUUCAACAAAUUGCUGCUUUCACGUUUCUUUAUUUAUAUACUUGUUUGGAAUAUAAUUCACAAACUUCAUGGAGUGGAAUGACAAUUUAUGUUAGAUCGAAUAUACCAGUUGGGGCAGGAUUAGGAUCAUCUGCUUCAUAUUCAGUUUGUUUGGCCACAGGAUUAUUACUUGCUUUUGGUCAUAUUUUAUCUCCUUACGAAAGUAAUGAACAAGACAUUAAAAAAUCGAGGGAAUUAAUUAAUUUAUGGGCAUAUCAAGCCGAAAAAGUCAUUCAUGGAACACCAUCUGGUGUUGAUAAUUCAGUAGCUACUUAUGGAGGCGCUAUAAUGUUCGCCAAUGGUGUGAUUCAAAAUAUGAUGGGUGAAUCAUUUAAAGAAAUUUUGGGAAGUGAAAUAAUGGAUGAUCAAGAACUAUAUACGAAAACUGAGGGGCUUAUUGAUAUGUGUCAUCACCUUUUAAAUUCACUUGGUGUAGGUCACCCAAGCCUAGAUAAAGUUCGUGAAAUAGCUGCACAAUGUAAUUUGCAUACAAAACUUACAGGUGCUGGUGGAGGAGGAUGUGCACUAACCUUGAUUCGUAAUGAUGUAUCCAAAGAACAAAUCGAAAUUGUCAAAACGGCAUUGACCGCUUCACCGCAUUGUUUUGAAUGUUAUGAAACAUCAAUCGGAGGACAUGGAGUUGGGGUGCUGGAUGCAAGUUGUGAUAAAAGCUUACAGGAAUUCUCGGAGUGUGAAAAGAAUCAAUUGGCAGGAAUUAUCGGAUGGAUGUACUUCGCCUAA